AUGAGUCUGUACGCAACCUCCCCGAAUUUUGCCGUCUGGAAGACGUCGCGAAAGACUCGGCGUCAUCGACCAAUUCCGGCCACCAGGCUGGUCGAGCAUUUUGCUGCAAAUGAUUGCACAGACUACAAGCUGCUUUACUAUAAGCUUCAUAACUUGGAACUCCAUCCGGACAUCCUUCCGGACGCCAAGUCACUCCUACUCUCGUUCCUUUCAGAGGCGCUCCAGUGCGAGAGACAUAUCACCAAACGCACAAUUUUGGAGCUGAAUAUCUUCACGGACGUGGCGCUCAAUGACUUCGUCCAGCAGGAGCUAGAUGCUGUGACGAGCGAGUGGCACCACUACCUCGCCCGCCGCAAGGCAGGCAACCCUCGCGAACUGCUACCCACCGCCGACGAAGCGCGGGCGUGGUUGCUCAAGAUCACCCCGCUCAAGUUUGUGGACGGAGCAUGGCUGGGGCACGUUCACAGAAUGGCGACCUCAUUUGCGACCCGAAAGAUUACCAAAGCAGCCUGGCAAGUCCUCUCUGAGGAGCUCGGCGAUGGGGAUCUCCAGAAGUGUCACACAUAUGUCUACGCGAGGCUCCUAGAAAAGAUUGGCAUCUCGGUGCCUGCGCCAGACUCUUCCGAGUUCAUGCAGCACGACGGCAUGAAUGAUGUCACCGUAUGGCGAUCUGCACUUGCCCAAUUGCUCAUUUCCCUCUCUCCGCAGGAGUUCCUCCCGGAGAUUCUGGGGUUCAGUCUGCACUUUGAAAUGUUGACUCUAGAAACGCUCGUUGCCGCUCGGGAACUCCGCGAACUCGACAUUGAUCCUUAUUAUUUCACGCUACACAUCACGAUUGACAAUGCCGACACAGGCCAUACCGCAAUGGCAAGCCGAAUCGUUACGGAUUACUUGAAGCUGGUUGCCGAAAUGCGAGGAAAUGCUGCGGUCGAUCAGGAGUGGAAGCGCAUACAGGCUGGCUAUAUCCUGUCCAAGAAUAUCGGCCGGGAGGAGCUCAAAGAUAUCCUUGGUACGAAAGUUCUCGAGAUAUUCCGGGCCAAGUCGGUUGCCUGCAACAGGAUCCAUGAUCACUGUCCCAUGAGCAUCAAAGGUCGGCCACUGGGCAUGUGGCUAGACCCCGCGUCGUUCAGCCGGCGAGAUUGGCAGAUGGACUUUUUGCGGUGCCUAGCGGACGCUAAGCCUUGGGUUCUCAAGGGGGAUAGCUCUCGCAGUCGGCUGAUGCAGCAGCUUGCCUGGGGCGGACGUAUGUUUGGGGCUUUCACGGAUCGCGAGGUGGGCAUCGUCCGAGACUGGAUCGACUCACUCGCUCCACUAGGGUCGAAGACAUACACAAGCUUCACGGGUAGAAUAGACCUGGGGCGGUCUAUACAGCUUGGGCAGAGCCACAGGCGUUGCCUAGCGAAUCCAGAUGUCCUCGGACGAGACGCACCCGACGCUGACGCGGACGCGGACGCCCUGAGACCCCGAGCUGCGGAUCUACGCAAACUGGACAUCCAGAAGCUGUUGCCAAUUUGGUUUGCCCACGCGUCCUUGCUUGAGGCUUUCGUGUCGGUACCAUGGCCUGUCGCCAAUCCCACGGGCUGCGCCGUCGUCAGAUUGUUGCGCGCCCAAUACGGCUUUCUUCCAGAGCCCACGGGCGUAUAUGGGGUCGACGAGAUGUCUCGCACAAAUCACGUCGAUCUGGUGAGCAUCGGGUGCAAACUGAUAUCUGCGGUAGAUCCAGGGCGCGCUUCUCCAGAGAAUAUGGACGAUGUGUUGGAGCAGUGGCCCUCGUCGUUCGCGGAGGGCAUGCUGGCGGCUGCGACGAAGCCGCGCGAACUCCAAUGGCGGUUACUCGGCAUGACGCACGCCUUCGUCCAGCUCCACGAGCUUCUCGCGUCUUCCGAUGCUCUGCUCUUUGAGCCGACGCGAGCGGCGCUGGACGCCAUGAGGAGGAGAGAGCAGGAGAGCUUGGCCGCGCUCAUGGCCGGACUGAGGCCUGGGAGUUUAGCAUACCGCGACUUUGCAAACGGGUGUGCCUUGGCAGCUCGUGAGAUUGAGUCGUGCUGCAAAUAG